ACAACUGCUGUCUUCAUUUUAAAAAGUUUCCCGAGUCACGAGGCGGUUUAUCUUAAAAAGUUAAAGCCCACCCAAAACGUUUGAGAAGAAGAGACCACUCAUCAGAUCCAAAUCCCAGACAGACAGAGUGCAGAGUGACAAUGAAAGGUUAGGAAUUAGGCCGAGUUACAAGAACAUGGAGAGUUCUACUCUACUGCUGAGUCGACUCGUUCUUCUUCUCUUCCUUGUUUGCUUGGGCGGAGCAGGAGCAGCAGCAGGUCAGAUGCGUAGACCCGGUUUUCUCUACACGAGUAACAGAGGACUGUGCACACCCCAGUUUUGGAGCAGCAGAAGAGAAGCAUGGCCAAGGAUGGUUCCACAGACAUCAACGGUUUCGAAAGUGUUCGGAUCUCGAGCGUACGAACGGUACAGGUACGACCUGACGCUGCUGGAAGCGGCAUCAAGGAACGACGACGGCGACAAUGCCUUUGCGAAUCUGGUGAAGCAGUCUACUGCGGCGUUGCUCAACUCCUACGCCAGAAAGGGAUUUCCAUACACUGCUUGGGAAGUCAAGACUCUGCUCAUCCAAGCUCUAGUCUCUAAAGACGCCGCAACUGUUCAAGCCCAACGCUUCUCCGAGGCCAAUGAGGCUUGUAAUUAAAGCUUAGUAUUUAGUAUUUGUUUUUUCCUGUGAUGGUAUGGUGUACGCUUAGCGUGUUUAUGUGGAUGACAGGAUGUGGUAGGUUUCACAUCUUGCAUGUGUCUCAACUUCUUGUAACUUUUAAACAAACAAGCAAAAAUUUUUUUUGUUUUU